AUGGAAACAGUUUUUCAAGAAGUAAGCCAAGAAGUUGAUAAAAUUAUUCAACAAAGUGGAGAAGAGGUUUUAAAAGAACUACAAAUCAGUUCUGUUCACCCGGAAUUAAUUAAGUAUUUAGGUAAAUUAAAAUUUCGUACUAGUUAUGGACAAAAUGUUCUUGAACAUUGCUUAGAAGUUGCCAAGUUGGCUGGUAGUAUUGCUGCCGAAUUAGGUUUAGACAUUAAUUUAGCCAAAAGAGCAGGUUUGUUUCAUGAUAUCGGCAAAGCCGUAGAAGACGAUGGUCUUUCUCACGUCACGAGCGGAAUAGUUAUUGCUAAGCAAUACCAAGAAUCAGCCGUGGUCAUUAACGCUAUUGCUUCCCACCACCGGAAUUUUCCGGCCGAUAAUCCUUAUUCUUUCGUGGUGAUGGCAGCGGAUACUCUUUCGGCGGCUCGCCCUGGUGCCCGCGGUCAACAACUAGAAGCUUACUUGGCCCGGAUGGAAAGUUUGGAAAAACUGGCCAAAGAAUUUUCCGAAGUAGAAAAAAUUUAUGCUUUCCAAGCGGGCAAAGAAAUUUGGGUAAUUGUCAAUGCCAAAAAAGUUAUUAAAUUACUGACUGCCACGGAAAAAAAAGAGCAAGAACUAGCCGAAAGGGAAUUAAAAGAACAAUUACUGACGGAAAAAAUUGAUAUUACCUUAGAAGGAAAAAGUUUGCCCUUGGCUUGUUUACACCCCUUGACACAACUUGUUCAAAAAAUUUAUGAUAUUUUCUGGCGUUUGGGUUACCAAAUUGUGGAAAGUCCGGAAAUUGAGACUGAGGAAAAUAAUUUUACUAAAUUAAAUAUGCCCCCUGGUCAUCCGGCUCGCGACAUGCAAGACACUUUUUAUCUUAAUAAUAACUUACUUUUACGCACUCAUACUACUAAUGUCCAAAGCCGAAUGCUCCAAGCAAAUCCCAACACAGAAUUGAAAAUUGUUAGUGCCGGCAAAGUUUAUCGGCGGGACGAUGACGAUGCUAGCCAUACUCACCAAUUCACCCAAGUCGAUUGUUUUGCGGUUGGCAAAGACAUUUCUUUCAGUCACUUAAAAGGAACUUUGGAAUUGCUAGUCAAAGAACUAUUUGGUCAGCAGCAAAUUAUUCGCCUUCGUCCUUCUUACUUUCCUUUUACCGAACCUAGUGUGGAAGUGGAUGCAACUUGUGUUCAAUGCCAGCAAAAAGGUUGCGGG